AUGUUCCGCCUGCUAAAUGUGCUGUUUUCCGAUCGCUUCUUUGAUACAUUCUUGGAGACUGGACAUCAGCUGCGCCGUGAAGAGCUGGAUCAAGGUGGAUCUACAUUCUGGACUGACGUAGCAACGGAAUUUGGAUCUGACAACAACGAGUUUGACACGCUAAUCUCCGACGAUGAGGUUUUUGAAGGCAUCGAUCCUUCGGUUGUGAUGGCACAUUCAGCUGCAAAACUCCAGCGAAUGUGGAAAGAAGCAAGCAGCAACUUUGCACGAGCGGAAGCAGGAUCCAAAGUAUCGGGUCAAAAUGGUCAAGACUUCUGGGAUUAUUGCAAUGGACGGACAGAUGUCUAUUACGUGGAUCGACGACUCGACAAAAGAAGGUGA